CUGCAUGAGAAAGGCAGCUUCCGGCUCUGUACUGCCCUUCAAGUUCCACAAAAUCUUCUCUUCUUCCAAGCUACAUCUCUUCUCGGUUCCUCUUUACCAUUUCCAUUCUCAUGUCGCCGUGCCUCUCCAACCGGCCAAUGGAGAACUCAAUCAGCAAAGGCUUGUUCAGCUACUCCAAGAGGGCUCAGGAUCAGGAAUCCGAUCGUUGGAAGCAGUCAAGUCUGUCCACGCGCUCUCCAUUACAAUGGCGUCGGUUUUCCGACAACCUAUCUUUCUUAACAACAAUAUCAUCACGGCAUAUGCGACAUCGGGUGACUUAUUGGCUGCCCGUAAGCUGUUCGACGAAAUGCUUCAACGGAACGUAGUGUCUUACAAUGCGAUGAUUGGUGCUUAUGCUCGUUACGGGAAUGCAGAGGAAGCUUGGAAGUUAUUUUCUGAGAUGAGGGCUUGUGGGUUUGAGGCUAGCCAGCACACAUUCGGGGGGCUUUUGUCGUGUGCUUCUUUGGAUCUUUGCCAAGGGCUAUACUUGCAGGCACUGACUAUAAAAAGUGGGUUGCUUUACACAGAUGCUUUUGCUGGAACUUCAUUGUUGGGUCUGUUCGGGAGGCAUGGGUUCUUAGAUGAGGCCAUUAAAGUUUUUGAAGAAAUGCCUCACAAGAACUUGGUCACUUGGAACUCGAUGCUUUCUUUGUUUGGCCAUCAUGGGCUUGCUGAAGAGUCUUUUUUUAUGCUCCGUGAACUCAUGAGGAGGGAUGUGGCUUUGUCUGAAUAUUCUUACGUGGGUGUUUUAUUAGCAUUUGCUUCAGAUCAGGAUCUUGAUUUUGCAGAACAAAUACAUGGUGUAUUGAUUAAAAAUGGGUUGAAUUGCGAAGUUUUAGUUGGAAAUGCUCUGAUAAGUAUGUAUGUGAAGUCCUGUGGGCCUCAUGCAGCUGAGAAAAUGUUUGGGGAUGUUGUAGUUCGGGAUACUGUGUCAUGGAAUACAAUUAUUGGAGCAUUUGCAAAAAAUGAUAGGCCAGACAAAGCCUUGGAUCUUUUCUUGAGAAUGCAUGGAGAUGAAGUGUGGCCUAACCAGGCAACAUUUGUUAAUGUAGUUAACUCCUGUACCAGCUCGCAUAUUCUGAUGUAUGGAAAAUUUGUCCAUGCUAAAAUAAUCAAAUACAUGUUUGAAUCUGAUGUGUUUGUUGGCAGUGCAUUGGUUGAUUUGUACGCUAAACACGAUGAGUUAGAAGAUGCAUAUCAUUGUUUCGGUGAUAUAGAGGAGAAGAAUGUGGUUUCUUGGAAUGCUUUGAUUUUUGGUUACUCAAAUAAAUGCUGCCCAUCCUCUGUUUCACUGCUACGAGAAAUGAUUCAGUCUGAUUGUUGGCCAAAUGAGUUUACAUUUUCUUCUGCACUUAAAUCCUCUUUCGUCAUAGAGUUGCAGCAGCUUCAUUCUUUAAUCACAAAAAUGGGUUACCACCAAAAUGAGUAUGUGUCAUGCUCCCUCAUCACAUCAUAUGCCAAAAACGGCUUGGUAUCUGAUGCCCUAACCUUGGUUCCUGUUUCUGACACACCAUUUUCUGUUGUCCCUACCAAUGUAAUUGCUGGAAUUUACAAUAGGACAGGUCAAUAUGAUAGAGCACAGGACUUAUUCUCUCUACUUGAGGAACCUGAUCUUAUAUCUUGGAAUAUCUUGAUUGCAGCUUGUUCUCGUAAUGGUGAUUACAAGGAGGUUUUCGAACUGUUUGGACAUAUGCAGGUAGCUUCCAUUUAUCCUGACAACUAUACAUAUGUUAGCCUUCUGAGUGUUUGCACGAAACUUUGCAACUUCGCUUUGGGUAGUUCGCUACAUGGCUAUAUCAUAAAAACUCAUUUUGAACGCUGUGACACAUUUGUUUACAAUGUGAUGAUAGACAUGUAUGGAAAAUGUGGGAGCCUUGAGGGUUCAUUGAAAAUUUUCAAUGAAAUGACAGAUAGAAACAUUAUCUCCUGGACUGCUAUAAUUUCAUCACUUGGACUUCAUGGUCAUGCAGCCAAGGCAUUACAGAGGUUUAGAGAAAUGGAGGUGGUUGGGUUGAGGCCAGAUGGAAUGGCUUUUAAAGCUGUGCUUUCAGCAUGCAGGCAUGGUGGUCUGGUUGAUGCAGGAAAAGUUCUUUUUAUGCAAAUGAGAACAAAUUGGGGGAUUGAACCAGACAUGGAUCACUAUAUUGUUAUGGUGGACUUAUUGACCAGACAUGGACAUCUGAAGGAAGCAGAACAACUAAUUGCUAGCAUGCCUUUCCUUCCAAAUUCCCUGAUAUGGCGUAGUUUCCUGGAAGGUUGUAAUAGAAAAAAACACAGUGCACAGACUCUGGCACUGGAACAUGUACACUUGGAAUCCAGUGUAUGAACUCAUGGAAGUAUUUAUGAUACUCUUCAAGGCUGAUGACAUGGCAUUUUCAUGCAUUCUCUGAUCUUCUGGCUUUAGUUCAAAAAGGUAAAGUUGAGAUUUGUUCUGUAAAGGGAGUCUCGGGAGUCUCCAGUGCAGGAGGCUUCCUACUUUGUGGGGAAUGAAAUAGGGUCAUCUUCAUGCAGCCUUACCCUUGCUUUGAAGGAUAGAUUCUCCUCAUGUAACAUGGAAGGCAUUAUUGUCUGUUGGGUAAGCCAAAGAUUCCCAUAUACCUAGUAAUUCUUUCUCUUUCUAUGUUCUUGUCAUAGACUGUCCUCAAGUGACCCUUCAAAAUAUCUACAUCUGAAUUGUCAAUUAUCUGUGGCGACUUGUGAAAAACUGCAGCUUGGUUUAAUUAAUGAAGCAUCCCAUGUUAUGUUCUGUUAGUUUAAAGCUCAUACUACCAGACAUGCUCCUGGCUGGCUUUGUUUUUAGUUUAAUACAUCUUGUAGCUUCACACAUUUACCUAAAUUUCAUUUUAUGUCAUAAUUUAGUUGAACUUGCACUUGAACCCCGGUAAUAAGA